CAAUCGGUUAAAACUUCGGAAGUCGGGUAUCCAUAUGAUCCUGUGGAUGCAGCAGCAGCAGUUUGCCGGCGCUGGGUGCUGCGGUCGCGCGAUUUAAAAACGACGGGCAAAGACAUUUUGGCAUUCCGAACUGGAUAGCUGGCGCCGCCAAUACAACGUGGUUUUAUUUCUGUUCCAACACACAUGUUCGACACGCCGCCUCCCUAUUUGUAAACACAGUAGACCGUAGUCACUAUUGUAAUUUUUCUAUUUAUCAGUAUUUCGCUAAUUAACGGAUUGAACCGACGGAACCCCAAUUGUUCGUGCUUUUCGGCGUUAACAGUGAGAAGAAUAGAAGAAAAGUUAGCUGUUGAAAGCAAAGAAGACGUUUCGUGCUAGUUGCGACUUGGGAUUCAUGACAUAAUUCAAGAAUAGGCCGGUGAAUCAUGCCUCCCGCUGUUGGCUAGAUGACAAAUGCACGAAGACUAGGUGAACUACCAUGGACUUCCAUCAAAAACACCCAUUGAAAGGAAAUAGGAAUUAGUCGAUAUCAGAUCGUGAAUGGUGCUCGUGCUGCUCGCUGUCCGUCUGUGUUAUUAGCUCAAUUUUACGGGAACUUAAGUGUCAGUCUCUAUCAGUAUUAAAAACUGUGAUCAUUUUAGUAUUUCGAGAUAAUUUAUACGUUUUUGUGGCCAUGUGAUGUGAGUUUCUGUCUGUUAUAAAGAUGCCAUCCAAGAAGCAGUACGACCUGGUGCAGAAUGAUGAUUACGAUACUAGGAUUCCCUUGCAUUCUGACGAGGCUUUCCACCAUGGGAUCACCUUUAAUGCGAAGUUCAUCGGGAGCCUGGACGUGCCCAGACCAACAAGUAGGGUGGAAAUUGUCUCAGCCAUGCGGCGAAUUAGGUAUGAAUUCAAAGCGAAAGGAAUCAAGAAGAAAAAGGUGACCAUAGAAAUUUCCGUAGACGGAGUAAAAGUUACUCUAAGAAAAAAGAAAAAGCGGAAACAGUGGCAGGACGACGGUAAGACCACCCUCCUGUCCCACCCGAUCUACAGGAUCUUCUACGUGUCGCACGACUCUCAGGACAUGAAGAUAUUCAGUUAUAUAGCCAGGGAGGGAUCAUCCAACGUUUUUAAAUGUGCAGUAUUUAAGUCGAGUAAAAAGAGUCAAGCCAUGAGGGUGGUUAGGACUGUGGGUCAAGCCUUCGAAGUGUGCCAUAAAUUAUCGAUAACUGCCCCAGAAAAUGAGAAUCUGGACCAAGAAGAACAAGAAACACUUACACAAGAUUUGCUGAGUGAUAGGCUAAGUGACCUAGCUUCUGAGAAAGGUAAAAAAGAUCUUCCUUCCGAGACUGAUAUAGAAGGAUUAUCCCUACCAGGUUGUGAAGAUUUCAGUUUGAAAGAUGUGCAGGAAUCCAAAUCUCAAAAAUCAGCAGUACCAAAACCGCUUGAUACAUUACCUCAUUUUACAAGUUCAAGUAUCAAUAAGAAUUCCUACAUGAACACAGAAACUUACUCAGCACCACAUAGCGACGUUCUGACAACGGAAAGUGCAGUUUUCACGAGCUCUCUACCGCCUUCUGGAAGUACGUUAUCAUCUCAUCACGAAAUCCAGUUGCUGAGAGAGCAAUUGGACCAACAGAACCAGCAAACACAAGCAGCUCUGGCUCAGUUGCAGUUGGCGAAAGAGCAGCUGGCUGCAGAGCAGGCUGCGAGAAUGGAGGCUCAGAGCAGAACCCAUCAACUCCUGGUACACAACAGGGAACUGCUGGAUCAUAUAGCUGCUCUGGUGUCUCAUUUACAAGGAGGAAGUGAUCAGUCUAUAGGAGUUAGUAGUCAACAACAGAAUUCCCCUCAUGUUACGUUACCUCAGCAGCAUCAGCAACAAUCCGGCAUGAACAUGAGCUACAUGUCUGAUUUGAACGAGGCAUCGUUGGACAACAGUUUACACCAGGCUCUGGGUGUGAAUCCUCAAGAUUUCUACGAGAACAGAGCGGUGACAUCUUGCUUACCACCAUCUCCGCUCAGCGCUCUGAACCCAACCGGCAGUGUUUUCAAUUUCCCCUACAACCAACAGGCUAACCUUGAAGCCCAACUACUUCAACGGUUGCAAGCUCUGAGUGGAUACACACCGCCGUCUCCUUACCCUUUCAAUUUCAACCCUACCAUGCCCUAUUUCCAGUCUCCGUAUUUUUCCUCGUCCAACCUGUUGAACAACAACUAUAACAUGCCGACGCCUCCUCAAAAUUUCGCUAGUCCUUCUAUGAGCAACAGGAAUUCCUUCGCGGAUAAUAGAUUGCCUGGUAUGAGGCACAGCAGCGAACCUAGACAAAUACCUUAUCAGUACCAUACAACCAAUACCCUUCCAUUUACCAAAACCAAUAUACAGAUGCAGAACUACUCGCAACCUCUCACCAAUAACCUUGAUAAAAGACAAUCUUCCCUACACCAAACCAAUCAGAAUCCAGGCUCUUCUCAACUAAAUACUAACAACUCCCCCUUAAAGACAGAGACAAUGAGGAGCGACCAUUUGAAACCUAGCAAUCUGAUAAAACCACUAUCCCAAGUGGGUACACUGACAACAACCGACUCUGAUGGAAAAGUCAGGGUCAUAGUUCCUGUACCAUCAAGCAAUACCAACAGUAUUAAGAGUGAUAAAGAUACGGAAGGUCUCCUGGCCAACUUGAGGUUGACAGAUGACUUCAGGAUGAAUGGACCUCCAAUCCAAAGGAGUACCAGUGAGAAAGUACCAAAUAGGAGUGAACUGAUGCAACAGGUGCAUCGGUCCAUGUGGGCAAGACACACGACAAAAUGAAUGAAUAAAUUAGUGUUAUAUUUUUUGUUACUCAUUAUCAUGUAAUAAAUCUAAAUGUUA